AUGGGGCUGCUUUCCAACAGGAUCUCUAAGGACAGUUUAACACCAGGGGAUCACAUUUAUUCCUGGAGGGCUGCUUAUGUUUACGCACAUCACGGUAUCUACAUUGGAGAUGAUAAAGUAAUACAUUUCACUAGACGUGGCCAAGAAGUUGGAACUGGAACCGUACUCGACUUUCUUCUAGUCAGCUCAACCCCCAAAACACCUCUAAUCCCUUGUCCGAUGUGCUCUCCACGUGAAGAAGCCGGUAACAAUGGAGUUAUCCUCUCCUGCAUUAACUGCUUCCUCUGCGGCGGCAACUUGUACCGGUUCGAGUAUGCCGUCAACCCUGCUCUCUUCCUUGCAAAAGCUCGUGGUGGAACUUGCACUCGCGCGGUCUCUAACCCAGAUGACGUCGUUGUCCAUCGUGCGAAGUUCCUCCUGGAAGAAAAUGGGUUCGGAUGCUACAAUGUGUUCAAGAACAACUGCGAAGACUUCGCUAUCUACUGCAAGACAGGUCUUCUCGUCUUCAUCAUUCAGACCACAAUGGGACAGAGAGGUCAGGCUGUGUCGUAUAUAGGAGGCCCACUCGCUGCGGUCUUAUCUACUCCUAUGCGGCUUGUCACCACGAAUGUCUAUGGUAUGGCAGCAAUGGCUGUGGGGGUUUAUUGUGUCAGCAGGUAUGCUGCUGAUAUCGGCAUCAGGACGGAUGCAGAGAAGGUCAAUGUUGAAGACUUGACAAGGAGGCUUGCUGCUGGGCUGGUCCAGGUGGUUGAACCGCAGAUUGUGCCGAUAGAGAGUCAAGAAGGACUGCACAUUAGCUCCUGA